AUGAAGUCCCACACGUUCUCCCUUCUUCGCCUGGCGAUCGGCCUCUUUGUCACCGCCGCCACUUUUACCGCCGUUGCAUGCGCUGAGGGAAAAGAGGAGGUUGGUACCGUCAUUGGUAUCGAUCUCGGCACUACUUACUCAUGCGUCGGCGUCAUGCAAAAUGGUCAGGUUGAGAUCAUCGCCAACGACCAAGGUAACCGCAUCACUCCCAGCUACGUCGCCUUCACUUCUGACGAGCGUCUCAUUGGAGAUGCAGCCAAGAACCAGGCCGCCAUGAACCCAGUCAACACUGUUUUCGACGUGAAGAGGCUCAUCGGUCGCAAGUUCAGCGAUACCACGGUUCAGCGCGACAAGAAGCUUCUUCCCUUCGAGAUUGUCAACCAGGGCGGAAAGCCCAUGAUUUCAGUCGACAUCAAGGAUGAGAAAAAGUCAUUCUCUCCCGAGCAGAUUUCCGCCAUGGUCUUGGGUAAGAUGAAGAAAACUGCCGAGGAGUAUCUAGGCAAGGAAGUGAAGAACGCCGUCGUCACUGUCCCAGCCUACUUCAACGAUGCUCAGCGCCAGGCCACCAAGGACGCUGGUACCAUCGCUGGUCUUAACGUCAUGCGCAUCAUUAACGAGCCCACCGCUGCCGCCAUUGCCUACGGUCUUAACAAGAAGGGCGAGAAGAACAUUAUGGUAUUCGAUCUCGGAGGUGGAACCUUCGAUGUUACUCUUCUCACUAUCGACGACGGAGUCUUCGAGGUUCUUUCUACUAACGGAGAUACUCAUCUCGGUGGUGAAGACUUUGACCAGCGCGUCAUGGACUACAUGAUGAAGCUCUUCAAGCGCAAGUACUCCAAGGACAUCAGCAAGGACAAGCGCGCCCUCGCCAAACUUCGCCGUGAAUGCGAAAAGGCGAAGAGGGCUCUUUCUUCCCAGACCCAAGUGCGCAUCGAAAUUGAGUCGCUGUUUGACGGUCAAGACUUUUCCGAAACUCUCACUCGCGCCAGGUUUGAGGAGCUCAACUCUGAUCUCUUCCGCAGGACUCUUAAGCCGGUUGAGAAGGUGCUCAAGGAUGCCAGCUUCACAAAGGAUGAGGUCCACGAAGUGGUCCUGGUUGGCGGUUCCACACGUAUUCCGAAGAUCCAACAGAUGGUCAGUGACUUCUUCAAUGGCAAGGCCCCCAGCAAGGGUAUCAACCCCGAUGAGGCUGUAGCCUAUGGUGCCGCUGUACAAGCAGGAAUUCUCUCUGGAGACGGUGGCGAGGCCACCGACCACGUUGUUCUUGUUGAUGUCGCUCCUCUGUCUCUCGGCAUCGAAACUGUUGGAGGUGUCAUGAGCAAGAUCAUCCCCCGUAACUCGAAGGUUCCGGCUUCGAAGAGUCAAACAUUUACCACCUAUCAAGACAAUCAAGAUGUUGUGAGCAUUCAAGUAUUUGAGGGAGAGCGUACCAUGACGAAGGAUUGUCACAUGCUCGGGAAAUUCGAUCUCAGUGGAAUUACUAAAGCGCGUCGUGGUGAACCUCAGAUUUUGGUUACCUUUGACGUUAACGCCGAUGGAAUCCUGAGUGUGGCUGCCGAGGAGCAGGGUGCUUCCAACAAAGAAAGCAUCACUAUCACCAAUGACAAGGGCAGACUGUCUGAAGAAGAAAUUGAGCGAAUGGUGAGAGAGGCCGAGGAGAUGAAGGAUGAGGAUGAGUUGUUGAAGAAGAAAGUUGAAGCGAAGAACAACCUCGAACACACUAUCUUCACUGUGAAGAGCACAUUGGAGGAGAAAGAGAAGAUCGCUGACAAGAUCAGUGAGGAGGAAGUCGCAUCGCUUGAGAGUGCAGCGAAGGAAGCACAAGAGUGGCUGGACAGUGACGCCGAGGAGGCCGACCUGGAGGAUAUCGAGGGUCGCCUAAAAGAUCUAAAGGAUGUUAUUGAACCAAUCAUGGCAAAGGUUGGAGGCGGUGCUGGUGGUGCCGGUGGUGCUUCUGCUGGCGGGGAGGAGGAUGAGGAUGUUGAUGACUCCCACGACGAAUUAUAAGUGAAUUGAGCUAUUGUACUCUUUUUGACAGCAGGUAGAACUCAGAUAACUACACAACAUUGGUCUAACCGACCCAUCCUCUCGGGAUAUGUAAACAACUGCACAUACUACACAGUCCUUAGUACGCCCGCGUAAAGAUUCUGGGAUGAACAACACGAAGUCACCAGGUUGUGUUCAA